GCGCUAGCAGUGAAUUUCAGCGACGGCGACACGUUCCGAGCGCGUCAUUUGCCGCUGCUCCGGGGAGCCGGGACAUUCGAGGGGAAGCUGUCGGACCACACGCUGCAGAUCCGACUCGCGGGCAUUGGACAAAUCCCACCAUCUCCCAUGCGCCCCCCGGGCAUUGAUACGCCGGAGACGGCCAAGUUCGGGAACCCAGGCCAGCCGUUCGGAGAUGACGCUAAGAAAUGGCUGGCUACGACACUCGAGAGGAGGAAGUUGACGCUCACGCUGCUGCACAAGGACCAGUAUGCACGCGCAGUGUGCAUGGUGCAGUAUGGGCGGUGGCCGUUCCGACGUGACGCGUCGGAGGAGAUUCUGAAGGUGGGGCUGGGACAAGUGUAUCGCCAAGCGGGUGCGGUCUACGGUGGCAAGCAGGAGGUCUACGAGAAGCUGGAGGAGAAGGCGAGGAAGAAGAAGAUCGGGAUUUGGAGCCAGGGCAAGAAGAUGGAGAGCUCGAGUGACUACAAGGCUCGCAUGCGGGCAAGUUGA